UGAAAGCUUUGAAGUGGUCGAUUGGGACGGAGACCAGAAGAUGGACCUCUUGCUUUGCAUUCGGGACGAGAGUAGAUCUGGAUCAACCAGGGUAUUCUGGUAUAACCACUCCGUUUUAGAAACCGAGGGCACGUCACCAACUGGGUCAGUGAUCGUUUCAGUGGAUCGAAGCACAUCAUGCGACCUGCGAGCCGUAGAUUUUGAUGAAGAUGGUGAUGUUGACCUUUUCGUUGGUCAAGAAAAAUACUUUGAGCGAGUGACUCCAACUAAGUUGGUUGAACGCACUGAGAAUCCGCUGGCCAUGUUUGAUGGCCAGCUGGUGCAGCUCGUUGACAUCGAUGGUGAUGGGCAUUUAGAUGUGAUUCAGCGAGGCCAGAGAGAGUUGCUUUUCUUCCGCCGAAGUCUUGAUGGCCGUUUCAUUGAGCCUUUGGACAACCCGCUGACUGGCAUCAUUCGGAAUCUUGUGAGAUCUGUUAAUAUAAAGGCAUCAGAUACCAGAAUGGAUCAUAUACUUCGAUUAGAAGGUUUCUAUCACCGAAUUGUACAUGUUGCAGACUGGGAUUCCGAUGGCUUGCCUGAUCUUUUUCAGAUUGAAUUUGGUCACGACGAUCCCAACCGAUGGGGAUUGCGCUGGGAGUGCCAGAAAUACUAUCGACACGUCGUGAACCGAGACCUGAAAUACAACUCUCAUUUUACCAGCUAUGAAGACAUUGAGACUUCUGGCGGGGAUGCCAGGAGCCUCCAACUCAUAGACUGGAACAAGGAUGGGUGGGACGAUGUCAUGGUGCAGCCAAAUCAGUACUCUGAUAGCAUCUACUUGUAUGAGGUGAAUGAAAAGAAAACUCAGAAAGUGUCAGGAGUUCUCGACAAGGUGAAGUCGUUUACGCCCUACGACGAUAGCCUUGUACUUCUUGACUGGGACGCGGAUGGUAACAUGGACCUAAUUGCCACCUCUAAAGACAGGUUGGUCUUUUAUCAGAUGGUGUCUGGAAAAUUCCAAGCCAAUCCGGACCAUCCCUUGAGUCAAUUUCGAUUGACCGUCGAAGAGUCUGACCGGCGAAUCGUGCCUGUAGAUUGGGACCAAGAUGGAGACAUGGAUUUAUUUGUCAUCCAGAUCUGGAAUGAGAAGAGGCAAUAUUUUGAGCAGCAACAUGAUGGCAGCGUCAAAGAGCGGUCAAUUGAGUUUGGAGCUCCAUUUGAAUCGUUAAUGCUUUCAGACGCUUGGGUUCAGUCCUUGGGAUGGCAUUUUCUAGAUUGUGAUGGAGAUGGUGACAUGGACCUGGUGCGGUCCCGCAAGCACGGGUCCGCAGAUUAUUAUUUGCGACUUCAAGCCUGUGAGCACAAGGAGGAUGGGUCCUUGCACUGCGACGAUGACUUUCGAUGCUUGGGAACCGAUUUUAGCCUUUGGAACCCCAGUGCAUUUGCUGGUUUUGGCAUGGCUGUGGCAAUAGGUGUUGGGUCAGAAGAUGGACGGCUCAAAAUCUUGGCAGCUCAUCAAUCUCAGAGACACCCUGUGCUUUGGACGGCCGGAUUUUGCAAGCCUAGCGACUCAUGCAACCAGAAAGGCACUUGCAUAGCCAGGCAGGUCAACUGUGAAUGCAACCCAGGCUAUGAAUCCAAGGAUUGCUCUCGUUGCGAGCCACAGUACUACACAGCUUCGCUGGAUGGAAGGCACAUGCGUAGCUGCGAGGAAUGUCCUGGGGAGGUCGGAGGCCAAGUUUGCUACGGUCGAGGACGUUGCUUUGAUGAUGAUGUGGCAGCGAAAGCUGUGACAGAGGCAGGGGAUUACACAGCUACACUCACAGCCACAGGGAACGGCUCAUGCCUCUGCUCUGAGGCUGACUUCUAUGGUGUAGAUGAGGAUGGCAGGACUACCUGCGUGGAUGGAUUCUGCCCCGCUGGAACUGAAGAGAGGGACGGAGGAUGCUAUCCUUGUGAUGAAGGUUCUUCUUCUCUUGCAGGGCUCCCCUGCACGAAAUGUCCACUUGGAACAUAUUCAGAGGCGGGCAACAGCAGCUGCCUGGAAUGCCCUCCAGGAACUAUUUCCGAUUCUGAAGGGGCUUCAGCGUGUGAUGCAUGUCUUGCAGGAAAAUACGAAGUCAAACGUCAAUCGUGCGCUGACUGCACCGUUGGAACAUUUUCAUUUGCUGGAGACGGUUCAUGUACCAAAUGCUCAGCUGGCACAGUGGCGCCAAAGCAAGGUGGCAGCACAUGUGCUCUUUGCCCACGAGGCAAAUAUUCUCAGGAGGGAAGUGCGAGAUGCGACCCAUGUCCUCGAGGCACGGUUUCUGAAUCAGGCAGUGGAAAUUGCAGCGCAUGUGAUGCAGGUCGUUUUUCCCAAGAUUUGUUAACUUGUGAGCCUUGCCCUGGGGGAACAUUUGCUCCUCGGGGUAGUCCCAAAUGCCAGCAGUGCAGUCAAGGGAAGUAUUCUGGCAUCGGAAGCGAGAGUUGCCGGGAUUGCCCUCCAGGAACCAUAUCCAAUUCUCAAGGGGCUUCAGAGUGUGUUAGAUGUCCCCCAGGAAGGGGAGAAUUCAAUCGGCAGGCUUGCAUUGACUGCCCCGUUGGAACAAUUUCAUUCGGUGGAAACGGUUCAUGUACUAAAUGCUCAGCUGGCACAGUGGCGCCAAAGCAAGGUGGCAGCACAUGCGAUCGUUGUCCAGAAGGCACAUAUUCUGAGGAGGCUGCUGCAAAGUGUACCCCUUGUGAUCCAGGCACUGUUGCAAGUGCAGCCAGCGGAAACUGCAGUGAGUGUACUGCAGGCCGUUUCUCCAAGGACCUGACAACUUGCGAGCAAUGCCCUGCGGGCAAAUAUGCUUCGCUCCGCAGUUUCCAAUGUACCGGGUGUCCCUCGAAUCACGUGGCCAAGCCUGGCAGCGGUAAAUGUGAAAGCUGUGAAAGCAGAAUCAUCCGAUCAACGCCUGAUGCAACCAAGCAGAGCUGCCAGCCCGAAAGCAUGGAUUUGAUUCUUGCAGUGAUCUCCGCAAUUGCAUCUUCAUGUUUCUGCUUCUUGUGCUUGCUUGGAUUCCAUGGUCGAAUUGCCCUUGCUGACAUAUCUGCUCAGGGCGAAAAGAAUGUGAUCACCACCGUCAAUUCGCAUUUCCUGAUGAAAUCUUGGUGCCCACAGGUCACGUUUGCUGGCACUGGAGUUCCCCACUUAGACGGCACCUCUUCGAAAGUGAAGGCCUUAAGUUCAUUCCAAUUGACUUUGCAUGGCAAAAGUGAGAAGCCAUUGGACACCUCCAUGGGGCAUGUCACUGUGAAGUUCCCACGUGCUUAUCUUCAGAUCGGUCUAUGGCGGUGUCCUCUCCUUGGUUGGUGCUUGCUCUUUGGCGCAGCGGCUGCCGCCGCUAUGAUCCAACUCGAGUGGUCCCUGAUAUUGCUGGUUGCUGGUCUGGGCAUUUUGGUUGGGGGUUUGGCCUUCGUUUGGAGACAGAGGCAGGGCCGUUUUGGAAGCCCUUUGUCGAAGCGUCAUCGGCAAUUCCUCCGAGAGUGCCAUUUGCCGCCCAAGCGUUGUGAGCGAGGACCUGAUCGUUCCAUGACUGCUGGACAAUUACAUGAUUUCGUGCAGUACUUUGAGACCUUCAUCAAGGACCGGUCCAUGUACUACGUGUGUGCAAAUAUCGUGCAGCCUUUGACGAAACCUUUCCAAGUUUCCUUUGUCGAGCUGGUUGGCCCAAGCCCAAUGGAAUGGUUUGUGAGCCACUACUGGGGAAUGGGUGUGCGACACUUCAAAAGUGCCAUCCGUAAGCAUGCUGGGUCGUUUGGGAGCAGCCGUGGCCCGCGUGGAUUGGCCUAUUGGGUUUGCACGUUUAGCAACAGCCAAUGGCAUGUGAAAGCGGAGCUUGGGGAUGGAAACUGGAAGGAGUCGUCUUUCUACCUGGCUCUUAAAAGUCCCUUGUGCAGAGGAACAGCUAUGAUAAUCGAUGAGAAUGUCUACCCGCUUCAGCGAAUUUGGUGUCUAUUCGAGGUCUACCACACCAUCCAAUUUUCGCAAAGCGGCGAUCACUUUCAAGGCCUCCUUCUUUGCACCUCCACCGGGGUCCUCCAAGAGGGCCGCGGCAGAAGCCUCAAACGAGAAAGAUAAAGCGAUGAUUCAUGAACUCAUCAAAAAAAUGGAAGGAGGCUUUGACGGGCUGAAUAAGUUCGUGCGAGAGACUAUUUGGCAUGCCCUGAAGGCUUCUCACCAAAACUUCGAGACCACCUUUAGAGGCUUGGAACACGACUUGACCUCGGCAGGAAGUCAGGUACCAGGUCCAGGUCCAACUUUGCUCACUCGACAGUCUCGACAGUCUCCACAGCCGGAGGGUGAGAAGGAUAGCGAUUGAAAACUUGUGAAAAUUUGACCCGUUUUAGUUUUGAUUAGUUGUUUUAAUUAAUUGAUAUGUUGUGAUGUAACUAAUUGUUUUCCCAUGGUUUGUGGGGCUUUGUCUAAAGAGUCUAAUGGUUUGC